AUGGAAGGACAGAAAGAGAAUCCCAAUGGUAACGCCGCUGCUAUGGUACACUCCUUCUGCGAAAUCACUUCUUCUUCCAAAGAAGAAGCACUUUUCUUUCUCGAAAGCCACAAUUUUGACCUAGAUGCCGCUGUUUCCACCUUCCUCGAUAAUGCUCAUAACCCUAUAAUCAUCCCUCAAAACGACGACGUUGUUCCAAACCCCAACGCUGCCACCUCUUCCCCUCCCUCCGAUUCUCACUCUCCAGAUUUUUACCCUUCGCGCUCCCCAUCUCAAUCCCCGACUCCGUCACCGUCGCGCACGCCCUAUGAGCUUCGAUCGCGCAGGUCUCUUGGCAAGAAACCCUCCUCCAGCCGUCAAGACAAAAUUCGAACCCUAGGUGAUCUCAAACGCUCCUCCCGCGACUCUGAUUCUGAUUCCGAUCCCGAUUUCCAACCCGACGAGUACUACGCCGGCGGAGAAAAGAGUGGGAUGCUUGUUCGAGAUCCUUCCAAAGGGAACAACAACAGUGUGGAUGAUAUUUUUGAACAAGCUCGGAACGUUGCUGUUGAUGCGCCUCCUGAGAACCCUGGAAACUCUUCACGGGCGAGAAGUUUCAGUGGCGCGGCGAGGUUGCUUUCCGGCGAGACUGUGCCGUCUGUUUCUCAGCGUGUAGAGGAAGUUACCCACACUGUUACAUUUUGGAGGAAUGGUUUCUCUGUCAAUGAUGGUCCUCUGAGGAGGCUGGAUGAUCCGCAAAAUGCACCAUUUCUCGAGAGCAUAAAAAAGUCUGUAUGUCCCAAAGAGCUUGAACCAGCAGAUCGAAGGACUGCUGUCCACGUCAACCUCACAAGGCGGGAUGAAGACUACCCAGAGCCUGUGAAGCCACGCCAUCUUCCUUUCCAGGGUGUUGGAAGAACCUUAGGAGGUACCAGCUCCAGCAGUGAUGAGCCUAUUCAAGUAACCGGUACUUCACCAAUUACUGCUGCUCCAUUGCCAACAAUGGGGUUAGUUGUAGAUGAGUCACAGCCAGUAACAUCAAUCCAGCUGAGGUUAGCGGAUGGCACACGCAUGGUUUCUCGCUUCAAUCAACACCAUACAAUCAGAGAUGUUCGAGCAUUCAUUGAUGCAUCAAGACCUGGGGGAGUAAGAAGUUAUCAACUGCAGGCAAUGGGUUUUCCUCCUAAACAACUUACUGAUUGGGACCAGACAAUAGACCAGGCUGGUAUAGCCAAUUCUGUUGUAAUCCAAAAGUUGUAG